CCCGCGCGCCGGGGGAAGAUGGCGGCGGCCGGGGCGGGCGCGGGGCGGAAGCAGGUGCGGCAGGAGGAGCUGCGGCGCCUCAUGAGGGAGAAGCAGCGCCAGAACGCGGGCAAGAAGCGCAUCGACUCGCCCUUCGCCAAGUACAACAGCCUGGGGCACCUGAGCUGCUCCCUGUGCAACGCGCCCGUGAAGAGCGAGCUGCUGUGGCAGACCCACGUCCUGGGCAAGCAGCACCGGGAGAGAGUUGCAGAAUUAAAAGGCACAAAGCAGACGGCCACCGGCUCAGCUGCUGGCACAUCAUCUCAUCCUGUCAAGAGAAAAACAAUUGAGACGGAAAAUACAGACCUAAAGAGAGUAAAAGGUACAGAUGAAAAGCCACACACGUCUUCGUCGGGGCUGCCAGCAGACUUUUUUGAUGAAGCAGAGAAAGACAGCGCCAGUGUACAGCUUUCCAAGGGCCCAGGUCCCAGUUUAUUGUCAGGGAAUUACGAUGAUGACGACGAUGAUGAAGAGGAGGAACAAGAACAGUCAAGCAAAUCUUCUGUGCAUAAAACUGAAAUUCCACCUCCAGCUCAAGAAGUAAUAGCUAAUUCUCUGCCUGCAGACUUUUUUGACACCAAAACUCCAGCUGCUCCUAUAGUUUCCCAUUCAGGAUCCAUACAGAAAGCAGAGAUACAAGAGAAGGUAGUUGAAAGGAAAGAAAACACUGCUGAAGCUUUGCCAGAAGGUUUCUUUGAUGAUCCUGAAGUGGAUGCAAAAGUGAGAAAAGUUGAUGCUCCAAAGGAUCAGAUGGACAAAGAAUGGGAUGAAUUUCAAAAGGCAAUGCGACAGGUCAACACAAUUUCAGAAGCAAUAGUGGCAGAAGAUGAUGAGGAGGGACGACUAGAUCGCCAGAUUGGAGAAAUUGAUGAGCAGAUGUCUUUGCGGAACCGCCAGGACGAGAUGAAGGAGAAGUUAAAGGAAGCCAUGAGAUUAAGAGCAGCACAAGAGAAAGAGGAGGAGGAUGUUGGUAGUGAAGAUGAAGAAGAGCUGCAGGAUUUGCUCUCACAAGACUGGCGGGUGAAAGGGGCUUUAUUGUAGCAUUUCUGCAACAUGCUUGAUACUCUUUUAUCUGUGGUCUUACUUCCACUAUUAGAAGGGAGAUUCUUUUGUUAAAUAUUUAUUUAAAGAGGAUCGUGAGGUAAAAGCCAAGCUUAUUAAAAAAAAUUUGUAGAUCUACAGUGGUGUAUUACUUGUUGUAAAAAUUGUAUAUUGCAACUGUUUUACAAUACUGAAUGCACCUUGCCUGUUAAAAUAACUGGUUUCCUACCAGAAGUAUUUUAAUAGGAUUAAUAAAUCUGUAAAGAAUCUCUAGGCUUUUGGAAGCAUUAGCUCAGUUUGGUAAUUUUGAGACUUGGCUUAUUGUCUAUAGAAUUCUAGCAUAGUCUACAAAGUUUUCCAGACUGGGAGUUUAGGGAAAAGAAAAUAUUAAGCAUUUAUGAUCUCUUAAAAUUUGUAGGUGCCCUUCUGUCCAUUGUCCCAGCUCCCAAUAAAAUAUGUACAUUUUUUU